AAAAGGAGGGAGACAGAACGGAUUAGAGAUAUAGCCGCUCGAAAAUCAAACCCUCUCUCCGCUUCUUUGCUUCUUCUUGUUCCAUUUCUCUACACAAUGAGCAACGACCAGAAGCAAGUUUUCAGCGUCGCAGAUCUCUCUUCUGCUCUCAACGAUGAUGGUCGUGCCCAAUUAUUUAACGCUAUUCAGGGUUUGAAUGGGCAGCCCUUGGAUGUUCUUGGGAGUCUUUCUCUAUCUCCCAUUGUCAGGAAGCGUGUCGAGGUUCUUAGACAGAUUCAGAGUGCACAUAAUGAACUGGAGGCAAAGUUUUUGGAAGAGAGAGCAGCUCUUGAAGCCAAAUACCAAACUUUCUAUCAACCAUUGUAUGCUAAGCGCUAUGAAAUUGUGAAUGGUGUUGCUGAAGUGGCAGCGGUACCAACUGAAACUGCUGUUGAAGAGAAAGGGGUACCAUCUUUCUGGCUCAUUGCUUUGCAAAACAAUGAUGUGGUAGCUGAAGAGAUUACGGAGCGUGACGAGGAAGCUCUGACGUAUCUAAAAGACAUCAAGUGGUCGAAGCUUCAAGACCGAAAAGGAUUCAAGCUCGAGUUCUUUUUCGAUUCCAAUCCUUAUUUUUCAAACACAGUCCUGACAAAAACUUAUAACAUGGUGGACGAGGACGAGCCCAUACUGGAGAGGGCUAUUGGGACGGAAAUAAAUUGGUUACCAGGAAAACGUUUAACCGAGCAGACUUUGACAAAGAAGUCGAAGAAGGGCUCAAAGAAUGCAACACCAAUUACAAAAACGGAAACCUGUGAUAGUUUCUUCAACUUUUUCAGUCCACCAGAAGUCCCUGAAGAUGAAGUGGUCCUUGAUGAAGAAGUGGCUGAGGAUCUUCAGAAUGAAAUGGAACUGGACUAUGACAUCGGGUCAACUAUCCGAGACAAGAUCAUCCCCCAUGCUGUUUCAUGGUUUACUGGGGAGGCAGGAGACGGCGAUGAUGAGACUGACGAUGACGAUGAUGACUAUGAUAUGGAUGAAGACGAUGAUGAUGAAGACGAUGAUGAUGAGGAAUCUGAUGAUGGGGCUGAGUCGGAAAAGAAUCUUGCUGCAGUCAUCAAUAACUAAGAAGGGCGGGAUAGCGCAGUCUGGCGAUGGUCAGCAGGGUGAAAGGCCAGCCGAGUGCAAGCAGCAGUAAGAGGUUUUGGUGUCCGGAUUUGCUUGAUGGAGGAAAUUUCAAUUUUAUGCAGUUUUUUUUAUAGUUUAAAUUUAUUUAGUGCCCAUUCUCCUAUUUUGCUUAGUAUUUGGAGAUGUGGUUAUUAUAGUUUGGGGAUGUAUUGAUUUAUUGCUACUUUGGUUUAUAGGUUCGACCUAGAUACUUAAUAUUUUUGACAAUAUUUUGUCCUCGGUUUCAUAAUAUUUAUGGUAAAAUCUGGUUACCAAUUCAUUUCAA